GUGUGAGGGGCCGAGUCCCCCGCUGCCUCCGCGCUGCUGCCGGGCGCUGGACCCGGGCCUGGCGCCUCACUGCGCUGCUCCCUCCCCGCCUCCCUCCCUUCAGACGGGCCUCAACGCUCCUCUAGGCCCGGCCCGCGUGUCCCCUCCCUCCUCGGCCCAGCCCGGGUCUCUCUCCCCUCCUCGGCCCAGGUCUCGGCCCACGUCUCCCCCUCCUCAGCCCAGCCCAGGUCUCUCUUCCACCCCUCGGCCCAGGUCUCUCUUCCACCCCUCGGCCCAGGUCUCUCUUCCACCCCUCGGCCCAGGUCUCCCCUCCUCGGCCCAGCCCGGGUUCCCCCUGCCGCUGACCCCCCGCCGGCGCUGCCCGGGCCCCGUCGGCCGAGCCAUGUCGUUGCACGGGAAGAGAAAGGAGAUCUACAAAUAUGAGGCGCCCUGGACCGUGUAUGCCAUGAACUGGAGCGUCAGGCCAGACAAACGGUUCCGUCUGGCGCUGGGCAGCUUCGUGGAGGAGUACAACAAUAAGGUGCAGCUUGUUGGUUUGGAUGAAGAGAGCUCAGAAUUCAUUUGCAGGAACACCUUUGAUCACCCCUACCCUACCACAAAGCUUAUGUGGAUCCCAGACACCAAGGGGGUAUAUCCAGACCUGUUGGCAACCAGCGGUGACUAUCUGCGCGUGUGGAGAGUGGGUGAAACAGAGACCCGUCUGGAGUGUUUGCUGAACAAUAACAAGAACUCUGAUUUCUGUGCUCCACUAACAUCGUUUGACUGGAAUGAAGUGGAUCCGUACCUUCUAGGUACCUCUAGUAUUGACACAACCUGCACUAUUUGGGGUCUGGAAACUGGGCAGGUUCUGGGAAGAGUAAAUCUCGUCUCUGGCCAUGUGAAGACCCAGCUUAUUGCACACGACAAAGAGGUGUAUGACAUAGCGUUCAGCCGUGCAGGUGGUGGGAGAGAUAUGUUUGCUUCGGUUGGUGCAGAUGGCUCUGUGAGGAUGUUUGAUCUCCGUCAUCUGGAACACAGCACCAUAAUUUAUGAGGACCCACAGCACCAUCCAUUGCUGCGUCUCUGCUGGAAUAAGCAGGAUCCCAACUAUCUUGCUACAAUGGCCAUGGACGGCAUGGAGGUUGUGAUUCUAGAUGUGAGAGUUCCCUGCACUCCCGUUGCCAGGUUAAACAACCACAGAGCGUGUGUGAAUGGAAUUGCUUGGGCACCUCAUUCUUCCUGCCACAUUUGUACAGCAGCGGACGACCAUCAGGCUCUGAUCUGGGAUAUCCAGCAAAUGCCUCGAGCCAUUGAGGACCCUAUCUUGGCCUAUACAGCAGAGGGAGAGAUCAACAAUGUACAGUGGGCCUCAACUCAGCCAGACUGGAUAGCUAUCUGCUACAACAACUGCCUGGAGAUCUUGAGAGUGUAACACUACUGCUUCAUGCCAUGUAGAGGCAGGGCUGUAUAAUUUCCCCUCCCCUCUAAAGUAAGAACAACACAAGUCAAGUGGCCAGUAUCUGUUGUUGCUUUGCAUCUACUGUUACAAGGAACUGUUACAAGAGUCAAUAGCAGAUGUCUCCUGUCUCUCCAAGACUAUAAAAUGCAGAGACGUGCUGAGCCUCUUGGACCUCCUGAUUUUCUUGGGUUUUUUCCUCAGUUAAAGUUCUGUAUAUUUGUUUGUUGACUGUAUUAAUAAGCUUGCAGGCUUUUAAGUUGCUGCAUAUGUCCCUGUGUUUGUCAGCACAUCAACUAGCUUAAUAGAUGCAAGUGCAGAACAAGGUGGGGAAGACGACAUUGAUGUCAACAGCCACCUUGGCAGGAAUCUGUAUCAUUCCUGUUGUUGCUGCCUCUAAACUGUUUAAACAUUUGUAUGGUUUUUAUAUAUUGGGCUAACUUUCUAUUGAGUAAGGUUUUUCUCCCUAAUUCUUACUUUUUAUAUGUGAUUCACUUCCAUGUGCCCAAAGCAGGAUCUAUUCGUUAAUACAAAUCCCAAUAACAGUGCAGGUUCCCUGGCAGCAAAGGCUUGCCAGAAAUAACCGUUGCCUUGUCUCUCUAUUCCUGGUUACCUGGGCAGAAUUUUCUGGUGCUGUGAAGUCCAAGUACUUGUUGCACAAUGUCUUUCCACUUUUCUGAUGCUAGAGGCAGUUGUUGGUAGGCCUUAUUUUAAAAUUACGACUAAAUUUGUUUGUAUCCUGCAGUUGUGUUAGGUAACAGAACAGUAAUAGGUUUCAGAAAGAAAAUACGUGCAUGACUUAAGCUCCCACUGAGGUAAAUGACUCCUGGAAAACGGUGAUUUGUGACGCAUUUGGGAUUGACACUUCCGGUCAAAUGAUUUCCACUUGGAGGGCCUGCUAUCUAAACCAAAAUAAAAUGGUUUCACACUUUGUAGCUUGCUUGAUUGGCAAAUAAUACGAGCAAGAUUUUGUGGUUAGCCUGUACCCUGGAGCUGCUUUGCAUUUGGCCUCUGUUCCUGGGAGCUCUUGAAAGGAGUGCAAAGCAAUCUUUUUUUUUCCGAAUCCAUUUGCUUUGUACUGUCGAGUCUAGUUGAAUGAGCAAGAUGAGUUGGAAUAACUGGUCCACUACCCAAAGGAAAGCUGUUCCUCUGAAAGAAAGGAUUCCCUCAUGUAGUGCACAAAGAUGGGUUUAAAAGGAAAGGAACUGUGCGCUAGAGGCUAAGGUUUGUCAUCUUUCAUAGCUUUUGGGGGUAUGCCCAAGGGCUUCUGUUCGUUUCGAAUAGUGGAUUGCUCCACAGUAACGCUUCUCAAUCAAAGCUGAUAAGGCAAGAUAAAAAAAAUCUUCAUUGAAGCCUUAAUAUGACAUAGCUACUUGGAUGAAUGCUCUGCAGGGCUCUCCUGAUGAAGAUGUGACAACCAUAGCUGGUCUGUAAGGGUAAACCAGCUGGGUUUGGAUGUAAAUGUCAAACUAUCAAAGGUGUCUUUCCAGCUAAUGAGUAUUCACCUGCAAUUGGCAGCAGCAUUAUAAAUAGGAGAGCACUGGCGAGCUUGAAUCUUGUCAGUUUAUGCAGGAAAGGCAAGUUGGGAAGGUUGAUUGCUGUGAGACACUGAAAGCGCUGUCAAAUACAGAACAGCAUUUGAAAGAUUUUGUCAUUCCGGACAUACAGAAAUAUUCUUCUAGAAGCUGCUUCUCAACACGGAGCUCAGAAAAGCACUGCCUUAUGAAUUUAAUGGGAAUUCAUUAAGGACAGUUUUAAUCUAUCCCCCUUUUUAAUAUCGGAGAAUCAAGAGACUUUAACACAGUUCAUGCUUAUGUUUUUCAAUGACACUCCGUGUUUAGUUGUGUUUUUUUUCUGACAGAAAGGUUGAUUUGACUUGAAGGCCAGUUUUUCUUACUAGCAGCAGUGCCAAGUAGUGUGUUCCAUAGGCAGAUUUGAUCUAGAUGUCAGAACAGCGUUAGCCAAACAGUGAGGUUAUUGCUUUUUACGACAGCACUUCAUCUUAAACUGGAAAACGUUUAUGCAGAAUGAAGUGAAACUUAAGAUUUUCUUAGCAGAAGCAUGUUAACGGUGUUCACAGUUUUAGAUACUUGUGUAAAAUAGAUACACAGCCUUGUUUAAUUACAAAUGGGAGGCAUAAUAUGCUGUGUUACUAAGAGGGAACUGCCUGUAAUAUUAGUACUUCCUGUAGUCCCCUUUAUGCUUCAAAGUCUCAUUCUUGUUUAGGUGGCAUGAGUAAAAGGUGAAUGCAUCUGUUGCUUAGCUUAAAAAUGCACAUUUUGCAACUGUAGAAUUGUGCUUAAAAAAAAGACAUAAGAUAAUUCAGUUGAAGGUGAAGUCAUCAAAAGACUCCUUAGGCUAUACUGAGUGGCAAAUGCAGUUUAUUCCUAAAGGAAUACAGUAUAUUACACUAGGGUGAUGAGACAAGAGCGUGUAACAAAGGGGCUAAUAGUCUGACUAGCCAAGUUGCUUUUGCUACUGUUGGAAAACAACCCUGUUGGGAACCUGAAGAGGAUCCAAUGUCAGUCCUUCCAUUCCAUAAUUCAUUUGUAGAAUUGGGUAUUCAUUCCAAACCCAUCAAAGGCACGUGGAGAAAUCUUUUAGGCUCCAGUGGAUUCUAAAUAAAGCCUAUACCCUGUUUGUUUAGCCAGUCAGGCUACCUUCUAGAUCUGUAACAUAUUGCUUUGGGCAUAACCCAUUGUCAUUCUUCAUGUGAAAUUAUAUUUGAAAUCACUAGAGGCUGUUUUGGGAACAGGGAAAUGCUACUUAAAAUAGCUUCAUUUCAAAGAAGUCACUUGAAAGGUUAAUGACUGAAAAGACAUGAGAAUCCUCAGGGGUGAGAUGUUCUGUAGUGCAAAUGGCACUUUGAGAAGGAAGUGAGAGGCUUUGGUGCCCUUUUGCAGCGCCUGCUGGCACAGUGGCAAGGAGCGACCUGUCUACAGCUGUUUCAAGUUUGUUUGCAAGAUAAACUAGAACCCCGAGACGUGUCACUGUAGCCUGUGUAAGUAUGUAAUUUAUCAUAUUUCACGUGCUUAAUGUUCAGUUAUGUUGGGUCUAAAACCCCCGUAAGCAUUACUUUCCCCAAAAAAGUGUAUGAAAAUAAAUACUUUGGUAUUUGAUUUCAAUUAUUUUGUGCCUCCUGCUCAAGGAGAGGAUGCAGCGCAACUGCUUUCAAAUGUCUCCUCUCCCUUAACUAUAAAGUAACAUUAAGGGAAAAGUCUGAGCGUUAGUGAGGUUAGCAAAGCAGAAAAUCACAUGCUGUGGUGGGUUCAGACAAGGUUGAUUCUGGGAAAGAAAUAUUUUUCUCUAACUUCAGUUCUGUAUCGCUUUUGAAGGUACUAGGGUAUUGUUUGGUUGUUUUGUUCUGUUUAAGUCAAGCUUUCCGUAGAUUUGUACUAUUAUGUGGACAACCUGUUGCUAGUACGUUGGCUCUCAACCAGGAGAUCUUGAUCGUGUAAAACUCAUUAGUGGGCUGAAAACCUGCAGAAAAUGAGUUGGAUGUGGAAUUAGUGCGUAGUAUGCCAGCUCUUAAUUGUCUAAAUGAAAUGGGCUGUGGUAGGUGCAUCUACGGGACUUGUACUUCUGUGUGCAGAGAUUAGAAGGCAAGGAUUUGACUGCUUUGACAAUCUAUUUAGAAAGAAAACACAGUCCUUUCAAAGAAUGAUACGAAAGGAGACUGAUAAUACAGGUUGUUCCUUCUGGAACCUUGAAAUGUACUUAACGGGGGAGGCUUUGCCUCUCAUAAGUCAAAGUUAAUGAUCCUUUCAAAACUUAGCUGUAAUUGCUCUCCUGAAUGUUCUCGAUAAUAGUAAAAAGGUCUAUUUUUGCCUGAUGUUGCAAAGACAAAGCUACGUCAGGCUCGGCUUUAGAUCACCGCCUGCCAGGGACUAGGGGAGGAGUCUGAUCUGUUGGAAUUCAGAUGCUCUUGUGUUUGUUUCAUUGUAAACGAAGAAAGCUGAGUGUGUCUGUUUUGUUCUCUUGCAGAUGGCACUUUAACAAGUAUAUUUUUUGUAAGAUUAGGAGGAGAGUCAUCUUUUCCUCAGCCCUUUUGUGGUAGGCGUUUUCAUUAUGUAUAAAAUGUGAAAUACAACAGUCACUGAAAUCCUGAAGUGGCUGAGGUUGUCUGGAUCUAGUGGACCCUCUUCUAUUUCUAUUGAACACCAGAGACAUGAGCACUUGACAAUACUGUUAAUGUUAAACUGAAGCUCUUUAUUCUGAGGAUGGUGUGAUCUUGCAGGGCCAGCCCAAGUGCUGCUUAGCACCCAGAGAGUCCCUUUCAGCUUUGCUUAGGAACUUGAUGCUGUUUGGGAAUCGUCUUUUCCACCCUCUGACCACAAGAGCGGUGGUGACAGAUUGAUUGUGUAAAGAUGGAGCUGGAUUCUUUGGAUAACUUAUUUUUGUGAUAUAAGAAAUACAGCUGCAGUUUGUAAAUUCCCACUGCCUAAAUUCUUGAACUUGUCAGCUGGUUAGUGGUGUUUUAACUCUUUCAGGGCACACUGAAGAGGAUGAAUGGUUGCAAAGGUGACCUCUUGGCUCCAUAAGUUGCACAGUUACAGUUCCAUCAAAGUAAUGAAGGGUUUUGCCUUCCCACUGCUGGCGAGCAAAGUGGUCCAACCACCUCACAUCCACACUUGGUUGUCUGUCAGUUAACAGGAGUUCUCUCUUACACACAUUUCCUGCUUUCUGCUGUCGGGCCGAUAUUCCAGAGCAGGCCUGUACUUAUUGUACAGCAGAUAUUAAAAGAAGGUGUCCAAAUGUGGUCCUGGAAUGGGAAAGGUACUGUCUCCCUGUUUCUCUCAGUCUUGGCAGAGCAUCCAGCAAGUUAAUUGUAUGUGGCACUUAAAGAGCACUUUCUCAUGCUUAUUUAGAGCUGCAUAUGUAUUUCCCCCUGCUUCCCCAAGAAAAGUCAGAAAUGUCUUGUUCUUAGGGGUAUGGAGAGGAGUUUAGCAUGCCUCUGACUCCUUUGUUUAGGACAACAUCUCCAGAACUUCCAAUCAGCACCUUUCACCAGCACUGAAAUACAGUAAUUAAAAUUGCAACUAAAUACCAGUCACUCAGUGCUCAUCUAGGGUUUCAUGGCAGACUCUAGAGGCAAAGGCACAUCUGAGACUUGCUGCUGCCUGAUUUCAGAUGAUAAUUUGAUCUGCCAAGUAUCUCAGUGGCCUUCUGCACAGCCUCUGAUACUCAGCACUGAGCUAGAAUCUCCGUAACCAUAAAAGUAACCUGUAUGGCUCCCAUCAAGUUUAUUUCUUUUCAUAAAAUCUAACAAAAUGAAGAAAUGAGGUAUUUCCUGAAAAAAAUACUGUGGCCCUGAGUAGCUGCAAGUCCGUAUGCCAGCUCUCAUCCCUUGGAGUUUCCUUUCCUGUUUGCAAGAUGUGCGACUCACAAGUCUCUGUUAGAGAUGAGGAUCAGUCUGGCGAGUCAGACCGAAGACAGAAAUGCAAGAAGCAGUGAAUGGAAAAGUCCUAGUACAGCUGAGAAGCGAUGUGUUGCUUUUUUGACAACGUGGUAAAUACAAAUUACCAAACCUACUAUUUAAAAGGAACCUUUUUUUUUUUUUUAAACUUGGGUUGCUAGCAGUGUAAAAUGUAAUUUAAAUCUGUUGCGCCGAAGCAUUUUUGUUCCCAGUAGUCAAGUAGGAGAUGUUUACUUUUAUGUGUGUUUUCCCUUCUGCUCUUCCCAUUCACAGUCCCAUCGUGGUAAUAUUCUGAAGGUGUAAUCUUUGUAGCAUGAUUGUAUGAACAUCCAUAUGAAAUCCCUGACUUCUUGUUCUCACUGAAUAUGUUAAAGCAAUAGUAGUUUUACUUCUGUCCUUCUUUUCUUCACCUUCCAUAUUGAGAUUUGCAACUUCGCGACUAUACUGUCCUAGAGGAAUCCUAGUAUCCUGCUAUUGAAGACAUACGUUGUUGACAUGAAUAACUGCAGUGUCCCUAUAUUCCUUUAUUUUUAUGGAGAAAAUACUAAAGGUUUUGUUACAAUGAAUUUUAACACCCGAGUCAUGGAACCAUAUUGUUGAAACUGUAAAUUUUAAGGCAAUUUUCUGAAAUCGCUUGAAAGUGGAAUGUUGCAUCCUUUUAUGCUAUUUCCUGCUUCCUAUGUAGUUUUAUUCCAAUUUUUUAACCUUCUUUCUAAGUUUCAGCCUCCUGUGUAUUAGGUACAGUAUUUUCUGCCUUUCAUACUUUGUAAUAAAAACGGAACAUUUGUAGAUUGA